AUGGCGGCUAAUAUUUUUAACCGGUUAGGACAGGUGGGAGUGGGCAUGGCCCUCCUUGGUGGUACCGUCAAUUCUGCGUUAUUCAACGUGGACGGUGGCCAGAGAGCCGUGAUAAUGGACAAGUUCACCGGUGUCCAGAAACUCGUGGUGGGGGAGGGCACCCACUUCAUCAUUCCCUGGGUGCAGACGCCUUAUAUUUUUGACGUAAAGUCGCGGCCGAGGAACGUUCCUACGCUCACCGGAAGCAAAGACCUACAAAACGUGAACAUAAACCUCCGCAUCCUAUUUAGACCCGUGCCCGAUGAGCUGCCCAGGAUCUUCACAGUGCUAGGAGUGGAUUACGAGGACAGGGUCCUCCCGUCCAUCACGUCGGAGGUGCUGAAGGCAGUCGUAGCGCAGUUCAACGCUGAAGAGCUUAUCACGCAGAGAGAAAUCGUCUCACAAAAAGUUAACGACAAUCUAACUGAAAGAGCGAAGCAAUUCGGUCUCAUACUGGACGACAUCUCAAUCACACACCUCUCAUUCGGCAAAGAGUUCACUCGAGCCGUCGAACUCAAGCAGGUAGCUCAACAAGACGCGGAACGAGCGAGAUUCAUCGUCGAAAAAGAGGAACAGAAGAAAAAAGCGGCUGUCAUUACGGCAGAAGGGGAUUCCCAAGCCGCCAUUUUGUUAGCGAAGUCUUUUGGUAAAGCGGGAGAGGGAUUGGUGGAGUUAAGACGAAUAGAGGCUGCUGAGGACAUAGCGUAUCAGUUGUCUAAGUCACCUAAUGUGACUUAUUUGCCGGAAGGGAAUGUACUGGUGAAUAAGGGUCUCAAGUAG